AGAGGAAUACAAGAACUGGUGGUGUCCUGUGGCUGAAGUCAUCAAGAUAGACAAGAAGGACGUGAAGACGAUGACGGCUGCCAGUCAACAGAAGCAGGAGGAGGUGGAGCGUGGAUCAGCGUCUCCUGAUGUGUUCAUCUCCUACCAGUGGGGAAAACAGAAGCAGAUUCAGCUCAUGUACAAGCGCCUGACUGAGAUGGGCUUCACCGUCUGGAUGGACAUCUACCAAAUGGGAGGUGGGGACUCCCUAUUUGACAAAAUUGACAGGGGCGUGCGAGGGGCAAAGGUCGUUCUCUCAUGUGUCACCUCGAAGUAUUCUCUGUCGGCCAACUGCCGGAGGGAAGUCAGUCUUGCUGAUGCUCUCAAGAAACCAAUAGUGCCUCUGUUGCUGGAGAAGAUGACGUGGCCACCAUCUGGUCCGAUGAGCAUGGUGUUCACUCAGCUGUUGUACAUCAACUUUGGGAAGGAUGAAACUGUACAGGAAAGGUGGGAUGGAGAAAAGUUUGAUGAAAUGUUGACGGCAAUAGAUCAAUAUGUGCCAAACAUCAUACUGGUGGGAAAGGGGAAUAGUGCGAUAUCUCAACAACCACAACAACCAAGGCACCAGCAACAACCCCAACAGCAGCAAUCAUAUCAACAACCCCAACAGCAGCAUCCAUAUCGACAACCAUAUCAACAACCAUAUCAACACCAACAAGUUUAUUCUCAACGGUACCCCAACACAAUCAACCCCAAAAGAGCUCGUCAUGUAUAAUUUUGUAGAACCCACUUCACCUAGAUAUCAUUGUGUUAAGAAUAUGUUUCUUCCCGAUCACUCCCAUAUUAACAGCAUCUUUUUUCAAGAAUUCCUUCUUUGAUUAAUGUAGCCAAAUUCCACUUGUUUUAGAGAGUAGAUGUAAGACGUAUGUUUCAACAAUUGUAAUGAACUAUUUUCAUGUAUUCUUUAAUAAAAGCAAACUGUGAUAUACUUAUGAAGUCAUGAUCUUCAACAUGCUUAUUAUUCCUGUUUUUUUAUGAAAUUGUUUUCUAAUUGUUAUGACUGUGAUUAUGUGUAGCUGUUAGAAUUGACUAUUUACUUGUGUUGUGUGGGUGAAAUACACCAUGAAGAAGUCUUACCGUCACGGGUCCAUUUUACUUAGUUACCGACCUGAACUUGACAUGAAGGACGCCAAUCAGGCCAUCCCACCUGGUUCGUAAUUUUAGAUCUUUGCAUAUAGAUUCUGAUUGACAAACUCCUCACAUGUCCAUCAUUGUC